GUUGUCUGUUACUUUAUUUGUGUACAUAGUUUUAAAAUUGAGUAGAAAAUACAAGUCAAGGGACAUAUUUUAUUAACAUUUAGUUUUAUGUAUCAAUGACGUGUGAAAUAAAUUUAUCAUGCAAUAUAAAAAAGUUACCCACGUUCUUUUCGAUUUAGAUGGCCUUCUCAUAGAUUCAGAAAAACUUUAUACAGAGGCUUUUGAAACCGUAUGCGCUAAGUAUGGAAAAACCUUUACUUGGGAAAUUAAAUCAACUUUAUUAGGUUUUCAAGGUUAUGAAUGUGCUGAUAAAAUUAUUGAAACUUUAAACCUGCCACUGACGAGGGAUGAGUUUAUGGACGAAUGCCAAAAAGUGUAUGAAAAAAUAUUUGUCAAUGUACAAUUAAUGCCAGGGGCACAGAAACUAGUUGACCAUUUGCACAGUAAAGGAGUCCCAAUUGCAUUGGCUACAAGUUCAAGUGAAAAUAGUAUUGAAAUGAAGAUGCAGAAUCACAAAUCAUUUUUAAAGCAUUUCCAUCAUCUUACAAUGGGUUCCUCAGAUCCCGAAGUGACUAAAGGCAAACCUGAUCCGAUAAUAUUUCUUGUCUGUGCUUCUCGAUUUCCAGACAAACCAAAACCUGAGAAUUGCUUAGUAUUUGAAGAUGCUGUAAAUGGUGUAAAAGCAGCAUGUGCAGCUAACAUGCAAGUUGUUGCUGUGCCAGACCCACGCAUUGAUAAAGAGCAACUUAGGAAUGCUACAUUAGUCCUGAACUCUUUAGAAGAAUUUAAACCAGAACUUUUUGGUCUUCCAAGCUAUGAUUAAAAUAAUCAAAUGGUAAUAAUU